AUGAAAACGAUGAGAGUGUCGAGAAGCUACGUGUAUUACUUGAAGACGAGCGGCACUUGCGUCGUGGUGCUCGGGAGCUGCUGGUUUCUGUAUCAACUGCGACAGAUAUCUCAAAUUAUUCGGUCGGCUGUCAACACGAGCGUUCUAAAUUUAGAGCAGACUCGUGCACAGUACAUCUACAUCGAUGAUCCUCGAUUUAAAGAUAUCUUCAUGUUCAGAAAGGAUGAGGAUCUACAUGGACCUGUAUCAGAGAAGCCAGGAAGCCUCAGUGAUAUUCUGACAAGGUGGUGGAAGACAAAAAAUCAUAAACUCGCAUAUAAGUUACUGUACAUGGCGCAACAUGGAAACAAAAAUGAGCGAUACAAAGCUGUGACUGUGCUUGGUUCUCUGUCACAUUUGAAAGAUUGGCAGUAUCGUCACUUGGCACAAAUGAUGGAUGCUAAAACAGCAGUAGCUCUUGCAAGAAUGCCUAAUGUUAAUUCACAAUUCUUUCUUCAACCACCAUAUUAUCAUGUACAGCACACAUUACGUGAUGUACUAGAAAAGGUACAUAUGCUGCUGUUAAAUUUAAAUGCUUUGUGUGAUAACACGCAUCUCUGUCUUACACAAUUCCUCAGUAAAAUGUUUAAAGACGAUCGAUAUCUUGUAGAAUGGUUUGAUCAUGAUUUGAUAAGCGUGGGACUUUCUGUGGAAACAACUGUUCGGGAUGACGAAUUACUUAAAGGUUGUGUUCGUGCAAUCUGUCACCAUUCCUCUGUGGAACAAUAUAGCAAACAUUUAAUCAGUGCUGGAGCUCUACCAAUAUUAACUGCGAUACAGAAAAUUUGCAAUAAUGACGUUGAAAUUUGUAUAUUACUCGCGAGAAUAUUGUCCAACAUAUCUCUUCAUUCUGAAUAUUUAGAGACUAUUUAUGAAUCCGGAUGGAUUGGCAUAUUAUCACGUUGGUCCAACAGCGACGAUAUUCGUCUGUCGGCACAAGCAAUCAGUGCAUUGGUGAAUCUGGAUACAGAUGAAAACGAGAAAGCGAAAUAUCCGCAAAGUGUCUACCUUCUUCAUCCUCUGCACAGAGUUCAUGCAGCAACAAAAAUGGACGUUAUAUUUUUACAUGGAUUGCUAGGUGGAGUUUUCGUUACUUGGAGACAACGCGACGAUCGCUCUACACUUGGAGUUGUAGAUGACAAUACAUUGGAUGAGAAUACAGAUUACUUAUCUACUAUGAUCGAUGAUGAUCGUCCUCAGGAAUUCUUUAAAGAUUUGGCUCGCGAUUUGCAUUUGCGAGAAUGGAGAAAAAUAGGCCAAGAUUUUGAGGUGGUGCUAGAUGAUUGUCCGCAAAACACGAAUGCUUGCGCAUGUGGACCUUAUUUUUGCAAAGGAGAUGAUGCUUGUAUGACAAAUGAUUCCUCUACCUGUAAAACACUUUGUUGGCCAAAAGAUUGGUUACCUGUAGACAUACCAUCCUUACGAAUCAUAGGUGUUAAUUACGGUACAAGUUUAUCUAUGUGGACUCCUUUCUGUCCGAUAGAAAGUAUGAAGAGCACUAUUAAAGAGAGAAGCGAAGAAUUCGUUAUCAAAUUAACAAUGGCAAAAGUAGGUCAGCGACCACUUAUAUGGGUCGCUCAUUCAAUGGGUGGAUUAUUAAUUAAAAAGAUGCUUGUAGAAGAAUGGAAAACUGGAGAUAAACACGGUAUUUGUAAGAAUACCAAAGCUAUCCUAUUUUACGGUACUCCUCAUCGAGGUUCGCAUGUGGCAGCUCUGAAGCAGACGACGCAAAUGCUGCUAUGGCCAACAAUCGAGGUUCAAGAAUUACGCGAUGAAUCGCCGCAGUUGCUAAAAUUGCAUGAAGAAUUCUUAGAAAUGUUGAAUAGAUAUCGUAUAGAUAUUGUGAGUUUUGCUGAAACCAAACCUACGCUUGUAACUGCGAUGAAAUUUCCCUUCCAAUUCGUCGGCCUCAAUUCGGCAGAUCCUGGUGUGGGAGAAUUCUUUGAGAUUCCGCAGGAUCAUUUAUCGAUAUGCAAGCCAGCUAGCAGGCAAUCGUUCUUGUAUCAAAAACUGCUGAGCGUGCUCAGACGCCACGUCGACACUCGGGAAGAAACGACUGUUUCAUCGAUUAGAGAUCUACUGUCCUUAUUGAGUAAGUUAUUUUAAGUUUGUGUACAAGAGAUAAUAUAUACGAAUUUUAUAUAUGUUUAUUUUUUAUGUGGAACCAAAUGAUUAUACGUAUAUGACUGAUUAUUAAAAAGAAUUGUGAUAAUAUA